GAUGCUGCCUCCACCAUGUUUCACGGAGACUCCUCCAGAGUUACCGUCGGCCUCUUGGCUGCUUCUCUGAUCAGUGCUCUCCUUCCCCGUCCUGUCACUUUAGGAGGACGGCAUGUCUUGACCCCUUUCACUCUGUCUCAUCACUCUCACAUCCUCAUAUCGCUGCUGAACAUCAAAGCAAACGCUGACAUGACGACCAAACCGCGGCUCCUCCUGUGCGCUCUGACUUUCUGCUGCAUCCUCGGACUGCAAGCUUAUUCCACGCAGGGGUGUAACUGCAUCAAUACCAUCCCCGGGCCCAUCUCGCCCCGGGUCAUCCAGAAGGUCGAGGUGAUUCCAGUUUCAGGACGGUGCCGCUGGUUGGAGAUCAUCGUGACGACAAGGAGGGGCAAAAAGAUUUGCCUUGAUCCGAAAGGGAUAUGGGUGAACAACCUGUUCAGCAAUCUGCAAAGGAGAUCAAACUCCAAUUCCUCCAUGGUGUCAUCUGCUUCUAUCAUUAACUAAACAUCACACUUUGUGUUGACUCAAGGAUUCAUGGGCUUAACAUUUCAAUAUCCUGUUAUUAAUGAACACAAACCUGAUCAUCUGUGAAGAAUAAAAUUAUUAAAGAAAGA